AUGGUAAGCCCACAUAGCCACACAGCUUUGAAAGCUGAAAUGGCUUCCAAGUGCCAUCUGAGGUCCUGGUUAUCACCUAUUAAAGACCUAGGAGCCCUGGACAUGUGCCGAGUUCUCUCCUGCCACACCAAUUCGGCCGAUCAAUCCACCUGCUCUCGGCUCCAUGUCCCGCUUCUGGAUGGGACCGAAUGUGGGAUCAACAAGCCCUGCCUGAAGACCCAGAUGGACUUCAUGGAUGAGCAGUGUUCAGCAACCAACGUGAAGCCCCUCUACCUCCAUCGGCAGUUGCCUUCCUUCUACAAGUGGGUUUCAGCAGCCAGCUAUGCAAAAGGUACCUUGCAAGGUUUUAUCCGUGUGCGUGGCAAGAAGGUUUACAUCAGAGCGGUGAAGAAGCAACACCAAUGCUACUUGGUGGACCCCCAUCUCCUCAGGCCCCACAUCGUCUUCAGCAGUGUGCAGAACGAUUCCGCAUCAGCACAGACAAGUGGAAAGGUUUCGUCCCGGAUUCGCAGAGUGGUGGAGGAGAAGGUGAAACAUCUGGAGCUCUUGGUGGUGGUAGGGCCAGAUGUUCACCAGUUCCACAAAGAAGACACUGAGAGGUACAUCCUCACCAACCUCAACAUUGGAGCAGAGCUUCUUCGCGAUCCCUCGUUGGGUAUUCAAUUCAGAGUUCAUCUGAUCAAAAUGAUUGUCCUGACAGAGCCUGAGGAAGGCAUCCAGAUCACGACCAACAUCACCAGCUCGGUCCUGAGCGUCUGCAAAUGGAGCCUAAAGGUCAACCCAGAGAAUGACCUGGACCCUCGUCAUGCAGAUCUCGUUCUUUACGUCACCAAAUUUGAUCUAGAACUCCCGGAUGGAAAUAAGCAAGUACGUGGUGUCACUUCAAAGGGAGGAGCCUGUUCAAGGUCUUGGAGCUGCAUCAUCACCGAGGACACGGGCUUCGGCUUGGGCAUCACCGUUGCUCACGAGAUCGCCCACAGCUUUGGGAUUGACCACGAUGGGGAAGGGAACCGCUGCGUGGGAGACCGACACAUUAUGGGCUCCGAAGGGGGGCACAACAGCCUGGAUCUGACCUGGUCGGUCUGCAGCCGAGAGCAGCUCCAGGCAUUCGUCAGUACAGGCCAAGCAAGCUGCACAGAUGACUUGCCUGUGUUAAAGAGCAGUCUGCCAGAAGCAAAGCCUGGCCUAUAUUUUGGGGCGGAGGAGCAGUGCAAAGUUGCCUUCGGUUCGGGGGCUUCGGCCUGCACUUUCAGCUAUGAUGUGGACAUGUGCCGAGUUCUCUCCUGCCACACCAAUUCGGCCGAUCAAUCCACCUGCUCUCGGCUCCAUGUCCCGCUUCUGGAUGGAACCGAAUGUGGGAUCAACAAGUGGUGCGCCAAAGGACGCUGCAGUUCCCUAGAAGAUCUGUCUCCGGUUAGCAUGGUGCAUGGACAGUGGUCCAGCUGGACCUCUUUCUCUGCCUGUUCCCGGAGCUGUGGAGGGGGCAUUGCAACGAGACAGCGACAAUGCAACAACCCCAGACCUGCUUUUGGUGGCCAGCCGUGCCAAGGCGAAGCCUUGCAAGCCGAGAUGUGUAACUUGCAGCCCUGCCUGAAGACCCAGAUGGACUUCAUGGAUGAGCAGUGUUCAGCAACCAACGUGAAGCCCCUCUACCUUCAUCGGCAGUUGCCUUCCUUCUACAAGUGGGUUUCAGCAGCCAGCUAUGCAAAAGGAGAUGCUCUGUGCCAAUACAUGUGCCAGGCAGCUGGGAAGAACUUCAUGGUGAGCCGUGGGGACCGAUUCAUUGAUGGCACAAGAUGCAAGAAAAGCAGCCUGGUGGACAAGGAUACACUUGCUUUGUGUGUGAUGGGCAGCUGCAGGAUGUUUGGAUGUGACGGCCGGAUGGGUUCCGGAAAGAAGAUGGAUCCGUGUCAAGUAUGCGGGGGAGACGCCACAUCCUGCAUUAAUGUGAACGGCUUUUUCACCGAGGGAAAAGCGAGAGAGUACAUCACCUUCCUGAUGCUGUCUCCGAACAUCACCUCAGUCCACGUGGUUAACCGGAAACCCCUCUUCACCCACAUGGCUGUGAAAAUUCAAGGGCAAUACACCGUCGCUGGGAAAGGACUCAUUUCUGUAAACGUCACCUACCCUUCGAUCUUGGAAGACAACUGGUUGGAAUACAAGGUCUUUCUUACAGAGGACAAUCUGCCUAGCCUGGAGGAGAUUCACAUGGCUGGACCAGUCCAGGAAGACGUAGAGAUACAGGUUUAUAGGAAAUACGGGAAAGAAUACGGAAGCGCCACCAGCCCCGAUAUCGCCUUCAGCUACUUUAGACCGAGCGAAAAGGAGACCCACACGUGGACGGCCCACUUCAGCCACUGCUCCGUGACCUGUGGGAGUGGUACCCUGCAAGUCCGCUACUCCUGCUUUGAUCAGUCAACAGGUGAGAAGGUGGAUGACUUCUACUGCCUCAAGAGGCCAAAGCCUCCUUCUAGACAGGAAAGAUGCCUUAUGGAACGCUGCCAACCACAUUGGAAGAAAUCACAGCUGGGCCGAUGUUCUGCCCUUUGUGGCUUGGGAGUGGCCAUCUGGAACAUGACCUGUGUCCAGGUUGUUGAUGGGCUGGAAUCCACCGUGGACGAGAGGCUGUGCGCAGCGGAUCAGAAGCCUCCGGCCUUCGAGACUUGCUCCGUGAACGUCUGCCCGCUGGGAUGGAACAUGGGGUUGAAGUCCGAUGCUCUGGAAGACCAAGAACGGAUUGGAAAUCAGUCUGUAUAUGUCUGGAGUCCUUUGGCUGGAAAGUGUCCCGUCUCCUGUGGGGGAGGACGGAGGUGGCUGAGUUACGUCUGCUUGGUCUUCGACACGAAGGAGGAAACCGAGGAGAACCGCUGUAACCAGACCCAGAAACCAGCAAGCCGUCUAGAAGUCUGCAACCCGGAGCCGUGUCCCCCAAGGUGGUUUUACAAGCAAGGUUCGUGUAGCGUUACCUGCGGCGAAGGCGUUAUGCGCAAGGCCUUGUACUGCGCGCGAGAGACCGGGGAGGAACAGGAGGAAGAGGAAGACAUAUUGCCCGACGCGGCCUGUGAGGGCUCCCCGCGCCCCAAAGAGCUGGAAGCGUGCCACCUGCAGCCUUGCCCCCCCAGCUGGAGAGUGACCGAGCAUGGACCCUGCUCCUCUUCGUGUGGGCUUGGAGUGGCCACCCAAUCCGUGGCUUGCGUGCGGCUUUCCGGAGGCCGAGAGGUGGACGUGGCCGAGGGCCAGUGCCCAGAAGCGGAAAAGCCCCCCUCUGUCGUGCCUUGCCUUCUCCGCGUCUGUCCGUACGAAUGGGGCUUCACCAAAUGGACGGAGUGCUCUGUCUCGUGUGGAACCGGCAUCCAGAAGCGACAGGAUUUCUGCAUCAACCCCCAAACCAAGACACGGGUGAAUCCUCUCCUGUGCAUGCUUGUUCCUAAGCCCAUGAUGGUGAGAACGUGCUCCGUCACGCCCUGCUUCCAAGUGACCACGGUGAAGGAAGACCUUCGGCCUGAUGUCCCUGCGGCCACCCAGCCUCCAGGGGCAGAGAUCCUGACCACCCCCGAGGUUCCUCUUCCUCUCAAAGGACCGCAGGACCAGAACCUGGAUCUCCCAUGGUCCAAAGGAGAAGAUCCUCAGAAGAAAGAAGCCAAGGCUAAACCCUGGGGAGAUAUCUCAGACGAACCCAGUAUCUGUGGAAGGCAAUGGCUGAGCCCCAGUGGAUUAAUCAACAUGACGGGGGUACAAGCCAGGAUCUGCACGGUCGCCAUAGGCCGGCCUUUAGGGGAGACCAUCACCGUCCAGGUGUUGCAGAGUUCCUUGAACUGCAGCGCAGGAGAAAUAUUACUGUUUUCAACCCGGACCAUGUGGCGGAUGGCUUGUAAGAAGCUGAAACUGUUGAUGGUCAACACCCAAACCAACACACUGAUAGUGAGGCAACGUCGGCUGUUGUUGGGCAGUGGCGUUGUGCUGCGCUACACCAGCAGACUGGCGGAGAAGAAAUACCACCAAGCCUGUGAUAGGCAGCUGUUUGGUCCCCGGGGGCUCAUCCUGAAUCCAGGACCGUCACUGGAUGGGGAACGACAAAUGGCCUGCAGGAUAUUUAUCGAUGUGGCGCCCCACCUGCGCAUUGCCAUCCAUGCGGUGUAUGUGGAAUUCCAAACCACAGGCAACGAAACACACUCCAGCUAUAUCUCGAUUCGAGACGUCGAAUCCUUGAGGACUACCGUCUUCCAUGGGAACCGUCUUUUCUACUGGGAAUCCAUCGGCAGCCGAGCCGAAAUCGAAUUCAACCAAGCCCUGGCCAAUGUCAGCUUCCGAGCGGAGUACUGGACCAACAAAUAA